GAUUUCAAUCAUAAUGGAGUAGUUGAUAAGGAAGAUUUUGACAUCGUUGUUCAGGGUCUGGUGCAAGGUGCAAAAUGGGCAGAAGGAAGUCCAAUGUGGAAGCGAGCAAAUACCAUGAAGACCAACUUGUGGGAGCAACUAAAAAGUAGUGCAGAUACAGACAAAAAUGACCAGAUAAGUAUUUCCGAAUGGGUCGAUUUUUGGGCGGAAUGUGCUGCGAAAUACGUCAAUGACACCGAUCUUCCUUUCUGGUACACAGAGUAUCUCGACGUAUAUUUUUGUUUUAUGGACAAAAAUGGAGAUGGAUGGAUAGAUUGCACUGAAUUCAUUGCCUAUUUCCAUGGGUUACAUUACAUCCAUCGGGACAUUGUAGAAACUGCAUAUCGAAGGAUUACAUUGAAUGAACAACGUCACAUCGACAUCGAACUUUUUCGGGAGAUGGCUAUCGGAUUCACUGUGUCCAAGGAUAUGAAAAGCCCUGGAAAUAUAAUGGGAGAAAUGUUGGUCAAAGAAAUGGGUUGUGAAACGGAAUUUAAACGCACUGAAUUCUGGGACAAAAAACAAAGGCAUCACUUCUACUAUUGGUUUGAUCAAGACAGAAAUGGAGUUGUCGAGAGAAACGAUUUCGAUGAAAGUGCUAAUAAUAUCCUAACCAUGACAAAGUGGAGUGAGGGUAGUCCGAUGUGGUUGAAAUGCAAGGAAGUAUUUGCUAACACGUGGGAUGAGUUAAAGCAUGCAACAGAUGUCAAUCUGGAUGAUAAGGUCACCAUUGAUGAAUGGCUUAACUUUAUGGAGAACACAUGCAAGCAAAUUAAAGCUAAGACUAUGGAUACACCUUCUUGGUAUAGAGCAUGGCUUGAUAUAUUCUUCGAUGUGACUGAUAGUCUUGGAAAUGCUGAUGGAUGGAUCGAGUGCGAGGAAUUUGUUUCAUUUUUCCGAGUACGUAAGAUUCCAGAUGAAGUGUCUAGGAAGUGUUUCAAUGAAAUUACUUUUGACGGGCGAAUUGCUAUGGAUCGGGAUUAUUUCAAUUUGGUGAUUCUUCAGUACAGUAUAUCCACUGAUAUGAAUUCCCCCGGGAAUAUCUAUGCUAGAAUGCUGCUUCUCCUCGACGAACAGUUGUAGAAAUCUAUUUUUGGAGUAAUGGCAUUUUUAUUAACGAUAACUGAGCAAACUAGUGCCACAAAUAUUUCCAGAAUGUGACUAUUUUCCAAAGGGCUUCUUUGAAUAAAUCAUUUGAAACUAGAAAAACAGCAACUCCACGGAGUAGCAAAUCCCACCGAAC